AUGGUUCAUAUUCUCUCCCGGACAAGAUCGACAAGAUCGACAGUGGUGAUAUAUGCCCUUUCACAGGCAGCAAAUAAUCCAUCAAAGCCGAAAGAUGAUAUUGAUGUAUGUGCCUUCUCCGAGAGCAGUGAUGGUUCCGUCCUUGUCGACAGCAGCAUCAGUGACAUACAGGCUGAAGUGGAUGCCCACAUGUAUACCGACCCCUUGAUCGGUCUCCCGACCCGCAUCCCCGUUGACGGCGUGAAAGUCGAGUUUGGUCCAGAUCUAGAAGCACGCCGGUCUGCAAUCGCGUAUUGUCUGUCGGUAGGGAUAUCACCCGACUCCCUGCCACGGAACUAUGCCAAAGUCGACAAGAACAGGGCUAGACGCAUCGCACAGUUAUACGACGAGCUGCACCCAUCUCUUCGUCACGCCCACGCGAUUCGCGUACGGCGACACAUCCUUUGA